AUGGGAUCGAUGUCUCGCGAGCUGACCACGAUGACGACGACGCCCUCGUCACUUUCUCCGGCGGAGCACCGGCGCGGCGGUGGUGAAAGGCUGCCGCUGGGCAAGCUGCUUGAUCCGGUUCGCUGGUACUGCAAGUGGGUGCGUGCGAAUCCGGAGGGCGCCUCAAGCUUGGAGCAGUUCACGCGUACCCUCACCAUGCUGUGGUCUGACCCGACGAGCCUGAUCACCUCGGAAGCAUGCUUUACACUGUGCAAACUGCACAGCUUCUCCAACUUCGCCAUCGUCUCCUCGGGCGGUCGCCGGACGACCAAAACAGAGCUGCUGUCCCUCGUGCUGCGAGGCAUCCAAGAGGUGGAGUGCCUGAUGGAGCUGAUCCAUCGCAAGUACGCCGGCCACCGUCGCACGUGGAAUGCGCUGCUCCUGCUAGAGGCAGUCAAGUGCACGCUGAAGGCGUGCGUGCACCGUCAGCUCUUCCGCGUGCCAUGCCUAUGGGAGUCAAUGAAGCUGUCGCUGCGCCGUGCCCUUCGCCACCUGACCACCCUCACGCCGCGCCGUCGUGUGCGCGGCGGCGGCAACGGUGGUGUGUCCUCCGGCUCUGGCGGCAGCGGUGCUGGCAGCUUUGCCGCGUGGGCCGCCGGUGCUGGCGCUGCCGGAAACUACGCCGGCCCUCUCACCCAGGUGGAGUAUAAUGGCGGCAGCACCGGCCUGUGCGGCGAGGUCGUGGGACCGCACAACACGCGCCUCGUCAUCCCGCGGGUCACCUCCGACCGGCGCCACGUGCACCGCCACAUUUACAGGCCGGGUGCCAACUGCGCCGCCGACGAUGGAGAGGAGCACGUCACCUUCGCGCAGGACGGGGACGUGGACGAGGAAUCGGAGGAGGCGGAGGUGAUCGGCUUCACGUGGGUCGACGUGCUUGGCAUGAUCCUGGACAUGUACCUGCUCCUGCGCCCUCUCCUCCUCGUAGCGAUGGCGCGGCACGCAUUCCUGGCGCGGCCAGAGGAGACCACCAACUCAAUAGCGGUGUUGCCACCGCCUGUGUCGAAGGAGGAGAUGGCGGCGGCCGCCAAGGCUGCGGAAGAGACAAAGACCGGGACGCCGGUGAAGCCGACGCCGGGGCCUGACCCACUCGCGGCGCUCCACAAGGCAAUGGCCGCCGCACCGCAGCAGACAUUGCUAGGCAGCUGGAGCGUGUGGACUGGCGUGACGGGGUGCGACUUCCUUGUCGCUCUGCUCGCCCGCCUCGUGCGCCACCACCGCGUGCCCGUGGUGUACAUCAAGGACAGCGCCGAGAGCGACGACGGCGGCAUGCCGGUGGCCUUGCUGGAGGGCGGUGAGGCAGCGUCGACACAGGGAAGCGGCGCUGACGCGGUAGGCGGCUUCACCGCCAGCACGACAGCCGUAACCGGUGCGGUCGACUCCCGCGCCAUCGGGGCAACUAUGGAGCCCCGAGUCGUCUCGCGUGAUCACAUCCGGGUACAGCAGGCACUGCGCAAUGCCGUCUACAACGUCAUGCGCGACCCCUUCUUUACGGCGGUGCUGAAGCAGCUCGUCUACCAUCACUUCAUCCGCGGCUUCGUCAACCGCGUCCCCCUCCUCGGCACGUGCAUUUCUUUCUACGUCACCCACUACCUGUCGAUGCAGUACUACAGCUUCCUGUACACCCUGAGGCAGUAG